AUUUUUAUCGACAAUUGGUCGUCUGAAAUUUCAGCUCCAAUCUUUCCGCGAAGCAGACCUCCAUUUUUCCUACUUCCCAUCUUCUCUCCCUCUUCCUUCUCCUUUUCUGGACGGAGGUUAAUUUGCCGUUGCGCCAGUUUGCAACUUGCGGAGUCUCUCUCUCUCUCUCUGCGGCGACUGUCGUCAGGCUUCGUCAUCUCACGGUUAUCUAUAGGUAAUCUCGUUCAUUCAUCUCACUUCCGAGGUUUUAUCAUCGUUGCUUCUUGUUCUGCCGAAUCCGUUUGUCAUCUUCCCGUUGAACUUUCAAUUUCUCUCUGCAACAAAGAAAGAAGCCCUGUGUUUUGCGAUAUUGGUAACCCAUUGCUUCGUUUUUCCCUGCACCGGGUUUUAUUUGCGUGGUUUGAAGCUAAUUGUUCCAAUCUGAACGUUUGAACCCUAGGGCUUCGAUUUUUGAGCUCUAGGGUUGUGAGCCUGCUCUGUUUUUGUUUUUCUGUCUAUGGAUCUCCGGUUGGCUAAGAAGGCUUUGGGAUUCUCUCGAAAGAGGAUGAAAUGGCUUCUUUUAUUAGCUGCGUUUGGCUGCACCAGCUAUGGUGCUUAUAAGGUUUAUCACAUGCCCUCUGUGGUUAGGAGGAGGAAGAGGUUGUUGAAGCUCUUGGGAGCCUUGAUUUCUAUAGCAGAAAUGGUUUCUGAAUCUGCGGACGCGAUUGGGGUAGUCUCCAAGGAUUUGAAGGAGUUUCUGCAGUCUGAUUCGGACGAAAUUCCCAAUAGUUUGAAGCAGAUUUCGAAAAUUACUAGGUCGCCUGAGUUUUCGGAGUCGCUGGUUAGGGUUACUGAGGCUCUAACGAUUGGGAUUUUGCAGGGUUACCGGGUGCAAACAAAGAAUGAGGGUGAGCAGCAGGGGAAUUCUUUUCUUCCUGAUCAAAUUAUGGAUAGGCUUUUCUCUACAGCUGGGACUGGUUUUGUUUCAGUGAUUGUCGGAAGCUUUGCGAGGAACUUGGUUUUGGGCGUCUACUCGGGCACUCAAUCUGUCAAAGCAUCGGAUGUAAAUAACAAUGGAAGUACGUACCAUGUCGGGUCAAACUCAUCAACUGUGCCGAUGUGGUUAAAUGUGGUAUGCAGUGAUAAAUGUAAAGAGCUUAUGGCUGAGAGUAUUCAGACGUUUGUGAGCACAGCAGUGGCUGUCUAUCUUGAUAAAACGAUGGAAAUCAACACUUAUGAUGAGCUCUUCUCUGGGCUGACAAACCCCAACCAUCAAAACAAAGUGAAGGACAUUCUUGUUUCAGUUUCUAAAGCUUCUGUUGAAACACUUGUGAAAACGUCUCACCAAGUGUUGUCAACUUCAAGUUCCAAGUUAAGUUCAGAUUCUUCUUGUUCUGUUUCUGAUCUGGGUGAAUAUCCAGGUACAGUAAAAAAUGAGUUUUCUGAAGCGUCUUUGAACAAACUGAAAGGGGAAAGCUUGCCCCCUAUGCUUCAGAGUGGAUGGGCAAAUAAGGUCUCAUCUACACUGGCAGUCCCAAGCAAUAAGAAAUUCGUGCUUGAUGUGACUGGGAGGGUGACAUUUGAAACAAUUAGGUCUAUUGUGGAGUUCUUGUUAUGGAAGCUAUCAGAUGGGCUAAAAAGAAGUCUUAAUGUUGUUCAUGCGGAAGUUGUGGACAGGGGAUUGGAGGUUAUCAGAUACGUUGGUGCAAAGUCUUCUGUUAUUGUUACCAUAUGUGUUGCAUUAUAUUUACACAUAUUGAGUGUUGGUACCAGAGUUGUUUUGCAUGCUUGAAAUGGUGAUUCUUCUGGCGCAGGGACAUUGCUGUUCCAGUCCUUUGAGCAUAUGGAGAAAGACCACCUAAUAUUUUGUGAGUAAUGAGAAUGAAGUGCCAUUUAUUUGUUUUUGAGUCCAUUUUGAGUCGUGAUCAAUGCAGAGCCUACCUUUUCUGAUCAGCAAGAGCUAAUCAAUCCAGGAUGUCGAACAAAUCUGAAAUAAAUGACUUGAAGCAUCGCAGAUGCUGAUGGAGAGACCUUCAAAGCUUCUUCACAAGUCCAAGACGGUGGCUCUACCUAGGUUCACGCCCAAGGUUUUGCAGCAAUCAUCACCCCCUCCUACUCAUCGAGACCUGACAAUUGCCUCGACGGCUGAGUAUAGGUCGUGCACUUUAGCGCCAUCCAUUUUCAGGAUUAGUUGAUUUGGCAGGUGAGUUGUUACACACUCACCUUUGUUGUUAUUUUGGUGACAAUUUUCAAGCGCGAUUCUGUGAUAUUGUUACAAUAAACAUCCUUUAUAAACC